CAACAACAACAUCAACAUCAACAUCAACAACCAUGGCACCACCAUCGAUCUUCAGAGGCCCAGACGCAAAACAUUAUGCAGUCGUCCAUCGAUCUCAGAGAGACCCACUGAUCAACGACCCCGAGGCAAGCGAACGAGUCCUACACGAAGUACAACGACAAAACGAUACCAACAAACAACGCAAAAAACUCACAAAGGGUCUCACUCGAGACGAAUUAGAAUCCUCACUUGGCCAAGAUGCAUCAACUCUACGAUCAAAUGUCGGCGAGGCAUCGAUGUAUUCGAUCUAUUACGACGAUUCCGAGUACGACUACAUGCAACAUCUCAAGCCGGUUGGAGUAACCAAAGAAGCCAUCCUACUGGACAAACCAACGUCCACCAAAGAACCCCAAAAGUCUCAGUCCAUCCAACUACGAGCCACAUCCCCAGGAGGAGGAGAAGCAGGUCUACGACUUCCGAACUCGGUCCAACCCACCCCACACGAGCAGAUGUUGUCCUACCAAGACCAUCUUCAAUACGCCCUCCCCUCCCACUCGGCCAUCCCAGACCACGGCUUGCUCCCGGUCGACGACGACCCCGCCCUGCGGGAAGUCUUGGAGGCGCUGGAAGACGAUGCGUAUGUGGAGGAAGAGAUUCAGGACGAGUUCUUUGGGACGAUCGUCAAAGACGGAGAACGUGAGCCUGACGAAGAACCCGAAUGGAUCCAUCAGGUCCAAUCCUCCUCUUCGUCCUCGCAAUGGGAAUCCGAAAUGGCUCGAUUCAAAAAACCUCAUUCCCAAUCCAUCGACACUGCCUCCUCUGUUGGACCCCUUUCCUCCGCUUCCUCCGAUCAACGCAAACUCGCCCGCGCUUCUACUCAUAAAAAACUGCAAGGCCGGGAUAGUGUCAAUGGGUCUGCUUUCAGUAUGAGUAGUUCAGCUAUGUUCCGGAACGAAGGGUUGACCGAUCUAGAUGAUCGAUUCGACCAAAUUGAAAAGGAGUAUGAAUCGGAUGAAGAGUCCGAGGAUGGAUUGGAGGACGGGGACUCGGAGUGUUCGAAUGAGACGGCGACGCCGGGCCCAGUGCGGGCGGAUUUCGAGGAGAUCAUGGAUGAUUUCCUGGAGCGAUUCGAGGUCCUAGGGGGCAAGAUGAAGCCGGUGAUGAGCGGCAAGACGGCGGCGGAGAAGCUCGACACGCUCCGCACCGAGCUCCUCGGGCCCAACGAUCCCGACUCUCGCGCCGAACGCGCUGCCGUCAAGGAGCAGAUCCUCCAGAAACUCAAGGCCGAUCAACGCGCUCAUGAUCGUCAGGCCCUUUCCUCCUCUGCAAUCAAGUCUCAUCAGGAGCGCUUCAUGACCCUUCCGAACGACGACCAUCUGCAAAAUAAAUGGGACUGUCAAACGAUCUUGACUACUUAUUCAAAUUUAGAAAAUCAUCCCAGAGUGAUCAGGAUACGAGAUGCGAUCGGAGCAGACAAUCCAAACAAGAAGAACAAGAAGAAGGCUGAGCAGGAGGAGCAGGAGUCAUCGAUGGUCAGCUCGGAGCCGAAGAUCGGGAUCGAUAGGAUCACUGGGUUCCCGAUCGUCAAUGGACAAAUCAUAAAAGGAAAUCAAUCCAUCCAUCAUCUUCCUAAGAAUGGAAAUACCCCCACAGAAGAUGAAGAAGAUGAUAGUGACAGUGAUGGAGAUAGUUCGGGUUCGGUUAGGGGGACUAUGAAACGGGACCGUCAUGAAGACAAGGAGGCGAAGAAAGCGCGGAAAGCUGAAGUGAAAGCCGAACGAGCCGCCCGUCGGCAACAAAAGAAAUCCGUCAAGCUGACGUUCAGUUGUCUCAAGAAUCAACAAGAUAAGAUUCAUUCAAAGCUGCUUAGUCAGAAGUCUAACGAUAUUGCUGGCUUGGGUGGGAAAGCCUUCCGUGUAUCAGAGUUUACAGCGUCCAUGGCCUCGUCCAGCCCUUCAACGCGUCCGGAUAGAUUCGUGGAAUUCACUACUAUCGACUGGUUUCAGGACGCUUUCCGCGAACGUAAUCGGCGCAAAUUCGAGGACCGUUAUCACUCUAGUUCGGCCCCUAUCAAAUCGAUCGUCAAUCUCUAUGGCUCAGCCCAAAGUUGGCUUGUCGUCGGAUUAGUAGGGGCGAUGAUUGGACUGAAUGCGGCGUUGAUAUCGAUCAUUACCGCAUGGUUAUCGAACUUAAAGAUGGGAUAUUGUCAGCAAGGAUGGUGGUUGAACGAGAAGUUUUGUUGCUGGGAGAUCGAGCGAAGCACGCAUUCGCGGGAAGAAGUGUUGAUCGGCUUAGGAGGGGCGAGUGGGGUGAUCGGAGCGGGAGGGACGGAGGAAGGGUGCGAGGAUUGGCAGACCUGGACGGGGCUGGGGGCGGUGCGCUAUUUGGGAUACGUGUUUUACAGCGUGUUGUUUGGCUACAUGGCGGCCAAGCUCGUCAAGGGAUUCUCGCCGGCCGCCGCAGGCUCGGGGAUCUCAGAGAUCAAGUGCAUCCUCUCCGGCUUCGACAAGCCCGGCUUCCUCAGCUUCUCUACCCUCGCUAUCAAGAGCAUCACCCUCCCCCUCGCCAUCGCUAGCGGCCUCAGCGUCGGAAAGGAAGGACCCAGCGUCCAUAUGGCCGCUUGCAUCGGCUUCGUCCUCGCUAAUCAGUUCCACAGAUUCCGUAAGAGUCGUCGGAAAAUGAGGGAGCUCGUCACCGCCGCUAGUGCUGCUGGUGUCGCAGUAGCCUUUGGUAGUCCCGUCGGCGGCGUAUUGUUUGCUUUUGAGGAAAUGACGAUAUCCUUUCCGAUUAAAACCAUGUGGCGAAGUUUCUUUUGUGCUAUGAUUGCCACGGUAACCUUAUCAGCAGUGAAUCCAUUCCGGACGGGCAAGCUAGUACUAUUCCAAGUAUCGUAUGACCGAGACUGGCACUUUUUCGAGAUAGGAUUUUUCGUGUUGAUCGGGCUAUUUGGGGGCCUCUAUGGGGCGUUUGUGACGAAGUACAACCUGCAAGUGGCGGUGUUCAGACGACGUCAUCUGGCCAACUCGGCGAUUUCCGAGGUGGUCUUUCUGGCCGGACUGACGGCGAUCAUCGGCUAUUUCAACAUGUUCCUCAGGAUCGACAUGACCGAAAGUCUCGAGAUCUUGUUCCGUGAAUGCGAGGGUGGCGGGGAUUACGAUGGGCUGUGUCAGUCUUGGGCUCAGUGGCAAAUGGUCAACUCUCUCCUGCUGGCAACCGUCAUCAGAGCUUGUCUGGUCGUUCUUUCGUUCGGAUGUAGGGUGCCCGCUGGGAUAUUCAUUCCGUCGAUGGCGGUGGGAGCCACAUUUGGUCGGAUGUUGGGCAUCCUUGUCAAGGCUCUUUACCGGGCUUACCCCCAUUGGACAAUGUUUUCCGCCUGUGAUCCUGAGAAGCCUUGUAUCACUCCUGGAACUUACGCCUUGCUGGGGUCUGCGGCUGCCCUUGGUGGGAUCAUGCGGAUCACCGUCUCCGUUGUGGUGAUCAUGUUCGAGCUCACUGGGGCUUUGACUUACAUCUUACCAACCAUGGUAGUUCUUUUGGUUACCAAGGCAGUGUCGGAUCAACUGGUGAAAGGACAUGGGGGGAUCGCGGACAAGAUGAUCCACUUGAACGGCUUCCCGUGUCUUGAGAAGGAAGACCAUCUGCAUGGCUUGGCCGUUGGGGCGGUGAUGACCGGCCGGGCACACGGGGUCAAGCUAGCUAAUGAGACCCAUCAGGUCGAUUUCUCGGCAAGCUCGGGUCACCUGAAUCCUAAUAGUACCGCCCUCGCUUUGCCCAGCCAACUCCCCCUUCAUGAACUGAAGACUAUCCUGGGCACCGAACGCAACGGACGCGCUAAGGGCUUCUCCGGCUGGCCUAUCGUAUCCGAUGCGCUCGAUCUGUCGAUCCUGGGCUACGUCUCUUCGGCCGAUCUCACAAAAACUAUCAAUGAUGCGACAUUGACGAGAUUUUCAGACGAUGUGAUCGUAGUUCUUUCAAGAAAAUCGCGCAAAGAGAGGCAAGAAGAAGGAGAAGAAGAAGAAGGCUAUGGAGUCCACGCAGGAUCGAGCCAUCGGAUGUUCGAGAGACUCGAUCUUUCGUACCUCGUCAAUCCGACGCCCGUCCGGGUUAAUCCUAAACAACCCCUGGAAAUGGUGGUCUCUUUAUUCAAAAAGAUCGGGCCUCGGAUGGUUUUAGUGGAAUCCAAUGGAUCCUUAGUGGGGCUGAUCACAUUGAAAGAUUUGUUACGGUAUGAGGGCCGCGGGGCGAAGCAGGAUGGGAGUGGUCCAGGUCGACGCCUCCGGCUGGAUGGCCCGUCCCACAAACCCCACGCCGACCAACAAGAUGAGAAUGGGAAUGAUGAUGGUGAUGAUGAUGAGGAGGAGGAAGCCGGGGAUCUGGAGGAGUUGUUGGAGGACGCGAAAGACUUGUGUAGGGAUCUGCGCGCCGCUUGGGUUCGCUGGGUUAAAGGCCCUGCCGCGGCGUCCGCUUCUUCUCAUUCUUCUGCUACCCAUCAUACUAUUUGA